AUGACAUCGUUAACACAAUUGCAUUCAACUGUUGUCGUGGCUGAUCCGGUAGUACCGUACAUGGAGGUGAUUCCGGAUGGGCUAUAUCCAGGUCGAAGUAUUGUUAUUAGGGGAGCCGUUCUGCACGAUCCACACCAGAAACGUUUCGUCGUAGAAUUUUGUUGUGGUUUACUGAUUCAAGGUGAUCAUCAAGAUGACAAAGCUCUGCAUUUCAACCCUCGAUUCGAUACUGGUAGCUCAUGGUUUAGUCCUCCACCUGAUCGACAAAUUGUAUUAAAUUCGUUGAUUGGCAAUCGAUGGGGUAUGGAAGAGCGCUACGCAAAUGUUUUCAAAGAAGGAAAUGAAUUUUCAAUGCGCAUAUUAGUGCUCGCUAAUUAUUUCAGUAUUGCUGUGGAUGGUCGUCAUUUAUGUGAUUAUUUACAUCGAAUACCGAUUACUAAUAUUAGGACAAUGUAUAUAGGAGGCAAUGUCCGAAUCAACACCAUUAAAUAUGAGGGUAUCGAUAAUGCUUCAACUUCCAAGCAAGUAAAACUCACUGAUGAAGUUGGUAAACUUUCCAGCAGCAAUGUCAUUCGCAAGCCUAAAGUCCCUUUUGUAAUGCGUUUGAACGAGAGAUUGUCACCCGGUAUAAAAGUAUUAGUUACUGGUACACCGCUAAUGAACGCUGAAUACUUUACCAUUAACUUUUUGACACCGAUGGAACAUUUCUUUCAUUUCCGAGUAAAUUUUUCAGUAGGAAACGAGAAGGAAGCGAUAGUGCGAAAUAGUACAGAAUUUGGAAAAUGGCAAAAGGAAGAACGUGAAAUGUGCUCCUUUCCUUUUCGACAAGGAAUCACCUUUGACAUCAUGUUUUAUUUUGAAGAACAACACAUUUCCAUAACAAUUAACGGCAAUCACUUUGCUAAUUUUCAUUACCGAAAAUUUUCCAAACUGAUUCACAUCGAGACUAUCACUGUCAAAGGCGACUUGAGUCUACAGAAAAUUGAGCUCCGAUGA